AUGGACCAAGAAAACCAACAUCAAACCAUGAUGAUUUUGCAUGAUGAUAAUGAAGAAACCCAAGAUCAAGUAGUAGAGGAUUCUCCUUUGAAAAGACACACUGUUAAAGAUGUGGUUGUAACAUCAUCCUCUUCUUCCUCUUCCUCUUCUUCUGUUACUGUUAGCAAUGGUGGUGGUGCUCAUAGCAAUGGAGGUUCUACAGCUGUGAUAGACAUAGAUGGACCUUCUUUGCAGAAAGAGGAAGAAGUUGAAGAGAAAGUAAAUGUUGGUGAUUAUGACAAUGAUGAUGAUAAAGAACAAGAUUGUGUACCUGAAGAUGAGUUUGUUGGAGAAGAACCAACAAAUGGAGAAGCCAUAACUGAGGAUACUUUUAGUGCUGAUAAUAUAGUGCAGAAUAGUAACAGUGUUUACUUUGACAAAGAACAAGGAGUGUGGAAAUGUCACCAUUGCACAUGGUCGACGGACCGAUUUGACCGUCUUAAGGGAUACUACUACCCUCACCUGCUGCUGAAUGUCAAAAUUUUGAUUCAACAUGGACCUUGUUUUGUUUGGGAAACUAAAGGUGGCGAUGAAGUGAAUGGACUUAAAAGAGAUGAAAAUGGCGACACUAAAAAUCACGAGGAGACUAAGUUUUAUGUGCAAGUGGAAAAUUCAGCCAUUCAAAAUAGUUUACGCAGCGAACUCAACAAACUUCCGUCUGAUUCAGAGUUAUCCGCUAUACGUAACUCAAAUGAGAUAAAAGCUACACCUGCUGUGAAUUUUCACGAAGAAACCGAAAAGGAAAGUAACUCGAUAAAUGAGAUUGAUCAGCAAGAGAAAGAGUUUGAUGUUGAGCUAGUAAUCGCAAAACAAGAGACACAUGAUUUGUUUUGUCCUAAUUGCAAAUCUUGCAUUACCAAAAGGGUUAUCCUCAAGAAAAGAAAAAGGAACAUUCAUGUAUCAGACAACAAAGGAAAACGCGAUAGGUUAGAACCGGUAGUUGAAAAUAACGUCGACCAAGGUGAUCGUGCGAAUGUAACAUCUGAAAUUACAAACCUGGAUCCACCUCCUGCUGCUUCUGCUGUUGCUGCUGAUCGUGAUCACGACGAUGACGAUCAUCCUGAGAAAGAAGUAGAAGGAUUCAGAUGUUUAUCGUGCUUCAGCAUCUUUAUUCCUAGUGGAAAAGGUUUCAAUUUGUUCCGUAAUUUUGGUGGUUCCAGCAAGCAUGAAACUUUGCAAAAUCCUGCAAGCAGUUUGCAAAAUUCUUCAAACAUACAAGUCUCCAAUCCGAAUUGGUUCAUCUCGUUGUUUACUUAUAAGAGAAAAACAUCUACCGAGCAAGCAGGCGACACUUCUUCCCAUGAGCCUUCUAGAACUAAUCCUGCUGAGCAGAAUCAGUCAACAGUUACUUCAACUAUACUAUCCUCCUCCGGUACUGGUCACCCAGAAGGUCCACUUGUUGUUGCAGCUCCGAUUAAGAAUGAAAAACCAAUGUCUGGUGCUAUUCACGGACAUGAAACAAUGAGUUCUACAAUUUCUUCAAAUGGAGCGCAGAGUGUUGUGCAGGAUUUCAUAGAUUUUUCAGAAAAAGAACAAUCGCUGAUCAGAAAACCGAGGACCGAUGACACAGAGAGAAAGCAGACUUCAGUGGAUACAACAAAAACAAAUACUGUUGAAGUUACGUCCUCGAUGAACUACUCUAAUGGGACGAUAUCUGAGUACAAGAGUGUUAACUCGGUAACUACAACUUCUAGUGAAACAUUUGUUAGUUCUAGAGAAACUACAAAAGGCACCGUUCUAAAUCAAUAUCAAGAGAAACCGAAAUUUCUUGUUCCUACAAGUGUAACUGUCGGGUCUCUAGUUAUUGAGGAUACACCAAAAGAUGCUAACAAGAUGCCUGAAACUGUUAAGAAUAUUGAUUCCUCUUUGUGGCAAGGUGGAGCACAACCACCAGUUCAAUCAUUUGACAGCACAAGUUCUGCAAUAGAUGCUUUAUUUCCAUCGAAAACAGAUAUUUCACUGCUUAAUAAAGUUCGGAAGGAUAUCGAUAAUUUUAGAAAAGAAAAUCAAGGUGAUGUGAUUGUCGAUGUUGAUGGUGAAGAAGCAAAUGAGAUCACAACAAUGCAGACAGAAGAUAAUGUUCCAGUUGAUGGUGCUGUUGCGACAGAACCUCAAACUCAAGUAGGUAUCCGUGAACAACGUAGAGAUGAAAUUGUUGAACCGAAAAAGUGGGAAAUAGUUAAAAGCAUUGUGUAUGGCGGUUUAGUUGAGUCAAUCACAAGUCUCGGAAUCGUGUCAUCUGCAGUUAGUUCUGGUGCUACCCCAUUGAAUAUUAUUGUGCUGGGAUUCGCAAAUCUGAUUGGCGGACUUUUCAUUCUUGCUCAUAAUCUUAAAGACCUGAAAGACAGUCACGCUAGAGGGGAACAACUUCAAUCAAAUGCGCGUGAUCGAUAUCAAGAGCUACUAGGACAACGAUCAAACUUUGUGUUCCACGCUGUUAUAGCCGUGUUCUCGUUCCUGAUAUUUGGUUCUGUCCCCCUCAUUAUCUACGGCGUAUUGAUUAAUAAGAAUUACUAUGACGAAGUCAAGCUUGCGAUAGUGGCAGCGAGUUCUGUUGCGUGCAUCAUUCUGCUUACUAUUGGGAAAGUUUACACUCAAAGAUCACCUAAAUCAUACUUCAAAACUGUGUUGUACUAUGUCUCAAUGGCACUUGCAGCCUCAGGGUUAUCUUUCAUAGCAGGAAAACUAAUCAAAGAUCUUAUAGAUAAGUUCAGCAAAUCAGAGUCAGGUUUUGCAAUUGCCAUGCCUAUAGCAGACACAAAAACAGCAUGGAUGUCUUACUGA